AUGUCGAGCGCUCGCUGCUUAAACUGGUCCCGACCGCCACCGGGGCGGCAUCCGGUGCUCCGGAAGCAGGUGUCCUGCAUCGAACCAUCGGUAAAUACGGCGGGUCCGACGACGACGACGGCGACAGCGGUGACGGUGACCGACGGUCGGCGGUGUGACCACUUUUGCCAGUUUCUCGUGACCGGUGCGAUCAUUCACAAGGACCGUUUUCAAAAUUAUCACACCUACCAUCAGGCCCAUCGCGGUGGUGGCAGUGCGUCGUCGUCGGCGGCCUCGAUCGUCGGCGGCCAGCAACAGCAACGCCGUGCCAGGCCUGCCAGUGCCAGUUCCGGCGGCGGCGGCGGCGGCGGCGGUUUCUCCAGUCCAGCACCAACCGGAAGUGACCAGGAGCGGACGCGGGCUGCGAACCGGCGGGCCAAUCUUCUCUGCAAGCAGCUUUCGCUCGAUCAGAGCAUUCUGGUGGCGGCGACCACCACGGCGGCCGCUGCCGCUGGAAUGGCCGCAGUUGCGACCGCCACCGGUCCCUCUGUCCCAUCGGCAGAACCGCCCGAAGCCGGAGGGUGGACGUUCGGACGGAAGCCACGUGCUGGUGUCGCGGCCUCCGGCGGCCCACUGAAAAGCGACAUGAUGGACGCCGGUACCGUCGGUAAAAAGGGCCUAAAGUCGGGCAAGGAUUCGCGCAUCAACAUCAAAAUCUUCCUCGGACAAACCGUGCAGCAGCAGGACUCGUCCGACACGGGCGUCAGCGACACGGAAGGACCAUCGAUCGUCCCACCCGGCCGGUCUGGAGGGCUUCCGCUGCAAAAGUCCGACUCCACGCCAGCGAUGAGCAUGCUGCUUGGCGGUAACAGUAGCUCAUCCGGGGGAACAGCCGGCAGUGCCAGCCAGUCAGCUUCCGGUGGCGCGGGCGGUACUUCAGCAGCACCGGUGUCGGGUGCGAUCAGUGGCCGUAACUCGUCGCUCGCCCAGCGCCGGGCCCAGUUUCAGGCGAACCGGCAAAACUCGGAAGCCCACGAUCGACGCCAUCCGCCGCUGGUGCGGGCUAUGUCCGCACCGAUCCGUCCGGCCGAUCCCGAUACGUCCAAGUUCCUGCAGAGCAAAAAGAAGUCUCGCCGAAAGAAGGCGCUUAGGGAAAAAGACGAGUAUAACAUCUGCGAAGAAGAUGAGUACAGCGAUGAUGGUGGUGGUGGUGGUGGCGGUGUCCUCGGAUUACCCAACGGUGCUGGCGGUGCCAAGUCCAGUCUGGUUGCUACGUUCCCAUUGCGAUCCCGGUCGGUGCUAGGUGGUGCGUGCGAUAUCGAGACGCUCGUGUCACUGCUCAGUUCCGGCGGUAGUGACUCGGAGAAGGAGCAGGAGUCGGCCGCAGGAACUGCUGCCCAGCAGAACAGCGACUGCCCGCUGCCGACGGGUCCGGUGCCAUCGUCGUACAGACAGCCCGCAGCAUUUUCGUCCACCGUCGGCCACCUCAAAGGGCCACGCGCACCGAUGCUGAAGAAGGCAGGAAAGUCGGUGUCGUUUCAGGAGAGCGACCUCAAACCGGUGCCCGCCACCGCCGGCCUCAACCGGGACUACCGGAAGCCGGGUGCGUUUCAGUCCGCGGUGGCCGCGAAUCGUAUGCGGCGCACGCAGCAGUUGGUUCACACGCUCAAUGCGUUCCAGCUGAAGGAUCGGGCCGAACAGGAAACGGACACCGGGGAAGAUACGGUUCAUGAUAGGACGGAGGGCGACAAAUAUGGAACUACGGGGCAGCCCACCGCGGUCACCACCACUAAGGCAGCGAGCGGUAAAACAGAGGCCAAAUCAGCGCACGGCAACGCUAGUGGGGCUGCUACCAAUGGGGCUAGUGAUCUGGAGACGCCCAAGGAGCAGGAGUGCUACCGGUUGUUUCUCAAAAUGUCUCGGAAGGGGCUGUCCGUCUCGUACGACACCAUCCUGCGGGGAAUGCUCACCCCGACCGAGCUACGUGUGCUGCAGAAAAAGAAGAGCCUCCAGCGGGCUGAUACGAUCGACGAACAUGGCAUCGACGGGGUGUUCGCACCCGAGGCCGGCAUUGGUGGCCCAGAGAACGGCAUACCGCCGGAGGUUCCCAAAGCCACCGUUGAGCAUAUGAAGCGCGAACUGGAAUGUGAUGGACCGACGAUACACGAGGAACCCACAGCAGCAGCAGUGACAGCGGAAGAAACCAAGGAUGAAAAAGAGGAAAUGGACCACUGUCCAGAUGGUGAAUCCACGCUCCCCUGAACGGCCCCCUUCACAUGUUAAGUUUGGUGUCCCGCAUUUGCCCGCGCAGCUCGUUGUUGUUUCUUGUUAAUGGCUGGCACUGGAAUUGUGAUAAACGCGGGGACG